UCCACAAACCUAGCUCAAUUUUCAUAGCCACCUUCACUGUCCUACACUCACUAAGCCAUGGCCAUAGAUACAAGCCUCUUGCUUGAGCUUGCUGCAGCAACUCUACUCUUCUUCAUCACCCGCUUCUUCAUUCGUUCUCUCCUUCUCAAAUCUUCCCGGAAGCUCCCUCCUGGCCCCAAAGGGUGGCCGCUCGUCGGCGCUCUUCCUCUUCUAGGUAACAUGCCUCAUGUUGCAUUAGCAAAGAUGGCCAAAAGAUACGGGCCUGUCAUGUUCUUGAAAAUGGGCACUAACAGCAUGGUGGUGGCCUCAACUCCCGGGGCGGCUCGGGCUUUCCUUAAAACGCUAGACAUUAAUUUCUCUAACCGCCCGCCUAAUGCCGGUGCGACACUCUUGGCCUAUCAUGCCCAAGACAUGGUUUUUGCGGAUUAUGGGGCAAGGUGGAAGCUACUGAGAAAGCUAAGCAACUUACACAUGCUUGGUGGGAAGGCUCUUGAGGACUGGUCUCAGGUCCGAGCUGUUGAGCUAGGCCACAUGCUUCGAGCCAUGCUUGAGUUGAGCCAGCGAGCGGAGCCGGUGGUGGUGCCGGAGAUGUUAACUUUUUCCAUGGCCAACAUGAUAGGGCAAGUGAUACUAAGCCGCCGGGUGUUUGAAACAAAAGGGUCGGAGUCAAAUGAGUUCAAGGACAUGGUGGUGGAGCUCAUGACCACUGCUGGGUACUUCAAUAUUGGCGAUUUUAUUCCGUCCAUCGCAUGGCUGGACAUCCAAGGGAUCCAGCGCGGGAUGAAGCAUUUACAUAGGAAGUUCGACCGGUUAUUAACAAAGAUGAUGGAGGAGCACACGGCGUCAGCCCAUGAGCGGAAGGGAAACCCAGAUUUUCUGGACGUAAUCAUGGCAAACCAAGAAAAUUCUACAGGGGAGAAGCUCACUAUUACCAACAUUAAAGCACUCCUCCUGAAUUUAUUUACUGCAGGAACAGACACUUCAUCGAGCGUAAUCGAGUGGUCUCUGGCUGAGAUGUUGAAAAACCCGAGCAUCCUCAAGCGUGCUCACGAAGAAAUGGAUCAAGUGAUUGGAAGGAGCCGGCGGCUCGUGGAGUCUGACUUGCCAAAACUUCCAUACCUACAAGCCAUAUGCAAGGAAAGCUUCCGGAAGCACCCAUCCACCCCAUUGAACCUUCCUCGUGUCUCAACCCAAGCAUGUGAAGUGAACGGCUACUACAUCCCAGAGAACACUAGACUUAGCGUGAACAUAUGGUGAGAAAGAUUAGAUGGAUAAAAGACCUUGAUUUGCUUUUAGUGGAAUUUUCAAAAGGAAAUAUGAUUAGGGGAAUAGACUACUUUCAACUAAAAAGUUAUAACAAUGUGGAUGGUAGGAACUUAAAACAUCACCCAUAUAUCAAAGGAGUGUAGAAUAUCAAAGGAGUGUAGAAUGAGAGGUUUUUUUUUUUACUUAUACAAUAAUAAAUUUUUCUGCAAGAGUUUUUU